AUCUGCCGUGACGUCAUCUCUUUGCGCCAGCUGAACGGGGGGACCGGCCACAACAUCGCAGGGAUGUGAGGGCAAAUUGAACAGAAAUUGAAUUCAAUCAAAGAGUCCAGUAAUCUAGAUUUAAUACAAAUAUGACCGACACUUUGGGAACCCAAACCGUUGAGGAGCGACUAGGCUGUCUGCAAGAGUUGACCAAGUUCACAGAAAACUGUCAAAAACAGUUGAACGACAUACUUGAAACGCUGGGAUGGUCUCCUGAAUAUGAUGGCUCCGCUCAGGAGACGAUGGUCCAGUGUCCCUUCGACCCAAACCAUCGCAUCCCGGUCAGAUCCCUGGAGAGACACAAAUCCUCCUGUAGCCUCAGUAAAAUGGGCUACUCUGCUGAGGAGCAGGAAGGGAUGUACGACUCUUCAGUUUGUUAUGAGAAGUCAAACAUAAGAAGUGUCACAAUGGAUGAAGCUACGCAGCAACAGGUGAUCCUCAAGGCAAGAGCUGCUGCUCCGUUGAUGAGGAUGGAGGGAGUGUUCUGGCAAGGUGAGUACACUAGCCAGCCCUUGGACGUGCCCCAGAACCACAAGCGGGCGCUCUGUGACCUCACGGUGGCCGACCGGUUGGCCCUGUACGACCACGUGACCGGUGAGCUCAACCAACAGCAGCAAGAGGCCGCCGCCAACGAGGACCUCUACGUUGAUCUGGUGGCCAAACUCAAGAGGGACGAGCAGCAGGGAGAGCCCAAGUCGCACCUGGAGCUGAUGGCCGAGAAGAGAGACUACAAGAGGAGGCGGCAGUCCUACCGCGCCAAGAACGUCCACAUCACCAAGAAGUCCUACACAGAGGUGGGACCCCCUAGUCCGCUACCAGACCCACCAGACAUCCUGAAUGGGCUACCGCAGUGGAAGCACGAUAGAUGUUUGGGCCCCGUAUUGAAUUGUUUUAGCGAACACCGUUGGGGUCACCGGGUUGAAUCCCUAGUGUCCUAGCGAAGGAUCAUUCACUCCCAAUGGUAAAACCGCAGGACACUUCUGACUAGUUGCAUCCAGGCCUGAUAGAGUUUAGGCGUGGUGCCUGAAUUCAGACUUGAGCUCGGCCAUUUAUGUUGUCAAGAAAAGUGAAAAUAGGUGAGUGGUGCCUUUUAAGAUGUCUAGUCAACACAUUAACUUACCUGACCUUUUGAUUGACAUGUCUGCCACCAACUAGGGGUAGUCUAUAUAAGGAAGUCUUUUACCUUUGUACGUU